UAGCUCGUUAUUCCCGCCGAAUAUUCCAAUCCGAGACACCCUUUCUCUCUCUCUCUAUACAUAUUAACAAACACCAUUAUAAAUAGUGAAUAAUCAAAGCGGGAGAUCGAAACAGACCCUUUUAGGGGCGAAGAGAGAUCGCGCGGAAUAGGAGCGAAUUUGGUGAGAAAAGGAGAGCGAGGAGGCUCGGGCAAUGGCUUCUCCCUGGUAUAUACCUAUGAUUCUUCUGUUACUGUGUGAUGGAAUAAGAGGGAGAACAUUGUACCCACUUCCGAGUAAGCUGGAGAAUAAAGAGAAGAGGCCCUUGCAAACAUACAGGCCAUACAACAUUGCUCACAGGGGUUCAAAUGGAGAAAUCCCUGAAGAAACUGCUGCCGCUUACUUGAGGGCUAUUAAAGAAGGUGCCGACUUUAUAGAAACUGAUAUCCUUGCGACCAAGGAUGGUAAAUUGAUAUGCUUUCAUGAUGUAACACUUGAUGAUACAACAGACAUUGCUAAUCAUACUGAGUUUGCUGAUCGUAAAAGAACCUACGAAGUCCAAGGGGAAAAUAUUACUGGAUGGUUUGUAGUGGACUUCACUCUUAAAGAACUUCUGACAUUGAGGGUGAAGCAACGAUAUAGCUUCAGAGAUCAACAGUACAAUUGGAAGUUCACAAUUAUCACAUUUGAGGAGUAUAUUUCAAUUGCCCUAGAUGCGGACAGAAUUGUUGGAAUAUACCCUGAGAUAAAAAAUCCAGUUUUUAUCAAUCAGCAUGUCAAGUGGGCUGAUGGAAAGAAGUUUGAGGACAAGUUUGUGGCGAUGUUGCUGAAAUACGGGUAUAAAGGUGAAUAUUUGUCAAAGGAUUGGUUAAAGCAACCAGUAUUCAUACAGUCCUUUGCUCCAACUUCCCUGAUAUAUGCAUCGAACAUGACAAAUUCCCCAAAGAUUUUUCUGAUUGAUGAUGUCACAAUUCCAACUCAAGACACCAAUCAGUCAUACUGGGAAAUUACUUCAAAUAGUUAUCUUCAAUAUAUAAGAAACUAUGUGCUUGGAAUUGGACCAUGGAAGGACACCAUUGUUCCGCCGGUGAACAAUUACUUGACUACUCCCACUGAUCUUGUUGCAAAAGCACAUGCUCAUGAUCUUCAGGUACAUCCAUAUACAUACAGGAACGAGAACCAAUUCUUGCACUUCAACUUUAGUCAGGACCCGUAUGCUGAAUAUGACUACUGGAUAACCAAGAUGGGGGUUGAUGGCUUAUUCACCGAUUUCACUGGGAGCCUGCAUCAUUAUCAGGAGUGGACAGAUGCUACAAAGAACCAAAAACGCGCAGAGGGAGUAUUGCGUAAGAUCGCCCACUUGGUCUCCUCUUAUGAGAGAGACUUGAGUUUUUUUUAGUUGAUUGAAUUGUCUGUGCUCCUCAAUUGCAUAAUGACAUUGUAUAAACUUCCAAUAAAGUUAUAUGCUGCUGAGUCAUUAGUUUGUCGUGUCUAUGUGUAUGUGCUAUUUUCACUUCAAUAUAAUAAAUUUUGUGGUUGUGGUGUUCUUAGUUUCUUCA